AUGGAUCGAUCAAUAAAUCAGCAGUUUAUAGGACAGAGACGCAUGCUGUGGACAGUUGCUAGCGUGGCAUUGCUUGUGCUAGUGGAGGGGGCAAGAGCAGCCGCAGAUAAUUUUGGCAAAGGUGGCGCAAAUCCCAUUGAAAGCGCUCCAAAUGGGCUUCUGGAGACCAUUUGGUUCUCUCUUGCAAAGUUUACUGCGGUGUUCAACGCGUCAAUGGGAUACUUGCUGUCGUUCAAGGCCAUCAACAACGCAAUGAAGGGCGGGAUUCUAAACAUCGGCAUCUGCGCCAUGCAGGCAAUUUUUUCUUUGCUUUUCCUGUUCAACUACCAGAAGAAAAGCGAAGAGCUGUACAAGCCUUCUGAGCUCGAGAUAAACGCUCUGAGCGAAAAGGUAGCAGAGGAGCAGCAGCCAGUCCGGGCGCGCACCAAAAACACGCUGCUGCAAAAAUACUUGGACACCCCGCUGUUUGAAGAGGUGCGUGACUCUCAAGAAAGCAAGCCCAAGCAUGAAAAAACAAAGCGCUCCUACCUGGACACGGCGCAGGGUUAUGUUAUCAGCGCAUUCAAAAUCUUCUCUAUCUGGGCAAUUAUAUUUGUCUACAUAGUCUCUCUGUUCAAGGCGGCCUCGUUUGUGGGCAUGCUCGGAUUUGUUGGGUUUGACAGGCUUAUUAUGGCUGGAGAGCUUUCCAAGUUUUUUCUGGAGAAAAUACCAGGCGUUGCAGGCCUCCUGCACGUCUUCCAAAGCAUAAACACCUUUGCAGUCUCCCCGCAGGGAACCAUUAUGAACGGGUGCCUUAUGUUCUUUGGGCGAGCGCUUGCAGAAUACUGCUACAUUCUUUCCAAGGAGGACGAGAAAGAAAAAGUGGCUUCUCUGUACAAGAAGAACGGCUCUAUUGUUGCAAACAUAGUGAUACGAGGGAUCUUCCUCUAUCUUAUUGUGACGUACAACAUAACGAUUCUUCUUAUGUUCAUGGAGCCCAUUGUGGAGUUUCUGCUCUCGAAACAGGUCGGGGAUUGGAUAAUAGAACUUCUCGUUGCCGGUAUUGAGACUCCUGACAUGAUCAGAAGAGACGUGGGCAAGAAUGCGAGCUUCAAGCGAGAGUGGAAGAUCUGCCUCUUUGUCCGCAUGCUUGGUGCAAUGGUUGCCUUCAGCUACAUGCUCUAUGCAACGAACUUGAUCUUGCUCGCAAACCCAGGUAUAGUUGGAGACAUAAAGAGCGCGGUUUCCCGCAUGAGAGCCUUUAUUCCGGCGUAG